CGGGGCGGGGCUGUGCGCUGUGUUCUGAGUGAAGGCGGCGGCAGGGUUCGGGCUGCGCGGAGACAGCGGGUUCGGGUCUGGGGUGGACGCCACCGGCCGGAGCAAGGCGGCCAGAACCGAAGUCCCGGCCAGUCUUCAGGACCUGGCAGAGACCGUCAGGGCCAAGGCGGGGGCUCGCGUCCCAGAGGACAGAGGCUGGGGCUGAGCGGAGUGCCCGGGUCGGGGCGCGCCAGAUGAUGGAUUUGGAUGUCCUUCUAUGAAGCAAUGCCACGUGGUCCAAAAGCAAACAUGUCUGGGCUGCGGCCGUCUUAGGAAUCCAGGGCCUGGAGACAGCUCUUCCCUGAGGAAUCAGGAGAGGUGUGACCCAGGAACAAGAAGCAUAUCCUCCCCAAUGACAUCAUGACAGCAAGAGAGCACAGCCCUCGCCAUGGUGCCAGGGCCCGUGCGAUGCAGCGGGCUUCCACCAUCGACGUGGCAGCCGACAUGGUGGGCCUCUCUCUGGCAGGAAACAUCCAAGACCCAGACGAGCCCAUUUUAGAAUUCAGCUUAGCUUGCAGUGAGCUGCACACUCCAUCGCUAGAUCGGAAACCAAAUAGUUUUGUGGCUGUGAGUGUCACCACCCCUCCGCAGGCGUUCUGGACGAAGCAUGCGCAGACGGAGAUCAUUGAGGGAACCAACAAUCCUAUCUUUCUAAGCAGCAUCGCCUUCUUUCAAGACUCCCUCAUCAACCAGAUGACACAAAUCAAGCUGUCUGUGUACGAUGUCAAAGACAGAUCUCAGGGAACAAUGUAUUUAUUGGGCUCUGGAACCUUCGUUGUCAAAGAUCUGCUCCAGGACAGGCAUCACAGAUUGCAUCUGACACUGAGGUCUGCAGAGAGUGACCGAGUAGGCAACAUAACUGUGAUCGGCUGGCAGAUGGAGGAGAAGUCGGACCAGCGGCCCCCUGUGACCCGGUCUCUGGACACCGUCAACGGGAGGAUGGUUCUGCCCGUUGACGAGAGCUUGACUGAGGCAUUGGGAAUCCGGUCCAAAUAUGCUUCUUUGCGAAAAGACACCUUGCUGAAAUCAGUGUUCGGUGGCGCCAUCUGCCGCAUGUACCGGUUCCCCACCACUGAUGGCAACCACCUACGGAUCCUGGAGCAGAUGGCAGAGAGUGUCCUCUCCCUGCACGUGCCUCGGCAGUUUGUGAAGCUGCUGCUGGAAGAAGAUGCAGCCAGAGUGUGUGAGCUGGAAGAGUUGGGGGAGCUGUCUCCUUGCUGGGAGAGCCUCCGGAGGCAGAUUGUCACCCAGUAUCAGACCAUCAUCCUCACCUACCAGGAAAACCUGACGGACCUCCACCAGUACAAAGGUCCUUCAUUUAAAGCAAGCAGUUUGAAAGCAGAUAAAAAGUUAGAAUUUGUUCCCACAAACCUGCACAUACAAAGGAUGAGAGUUCAAGACGAUGGAGGCUCAGAUCAGAACUACGACGUGGUCACUAUCGGAGCCCCAGCAGCACACUGCCAAGGUUUUAAGUCAGGAGGUCUUCGAAAAAAGCUGCACAAGUUUGAAGAGUCCAAGAAACACAGUUUUGAGGAGUGUUGUACAUCAUCUAGCUGCCAGUCCAUAAUCUACAUACCACAGGACAUCAUCCGAGCCAAGGAGAUCAUUGCCCAGAUCAACACCCUGAAAACCCAAGUUAGCUACUACGCAGAACGGCUCUCAAGGGCAGCCAAGGACAGGUCUGCCACUGGCCUUGAGAGGACACUCGCCAUCUUGGCAGACAAGACCCGGCAGUUGGUCACUGUCUGUGACUGUAAGCUGCUGGCCAACUCCAUCCACGGGUUGAAUGCCGCACGGCCUGACUACAUUGCUUCCAAGGCCUCCCCUACCUCGACUGAGGAGGAGCAGGUGAUGCUUCGGAAUGACCAGGACACCCUCAUGGCCAGGUGGGCAGGGAGGAGCAGCCGGUCUUCCCUGCAGGUGGACUGGCAUGAGGAAGAGUGGGAGAAAGUGUGGCUGAAUGUGGACAAGAGCCUGGAGUGUAUCAUCCAACGGGUAGACAAGCUGCUGCAGAAGGAGCGUCUGCAUGAGGAGGGUUGUGAGGACGUUUUCCCCUGUUCAAGCACCUGCUCCAGCAAGAAAGGUAACCGGGGCAGCCAAGCCUACUGGAUCAGACCGGAGGACCCCUUCUGUGACGCCCCCUCCUCGACAUGUCCCUCCUCCAUGCCCACUGCUGCAUGCCAUCCUCACCCAAGCACACAUUGCAGCCCCCCUCCUGAAGAGUCCAGCCCAGGUGAAUGGAGCGAGGCCCUUUACCCUCUGCUGACCACCCUCACAGACUGUGUGGCCAUGAUGAGCGACAAAGCCAAGAAGGCCAUGGUCUUCCUGCUCAUGCAGGACAGUGCCCCCACCAUUGCCUCAUACCUGAGCCUGCAGUACCGCCGUGACGUCGUCUUCUGCCAAACCCUGACGGCCCUCAUCUGCGGCUUCAUCAUCAAGCUGAGGAACUGCCUGCACGAUGACGGCUUCCUGCGGCAGCUCUAUACCAUCGGGCUUCUGGCCCAGUUUGAGAGCCUGCUGAGCACCUAUGGAGAGGAGCUGGCCAUGUUGGAGGACAUGAGCCUUGGCAUCAUGGACUUGAGGAACGUGACCUUUAAAGUCACCCAGGCCACUUCGAAUACAUCAACUGACAUGCUGCCAGUCAUCACAGGAAACCGUGAUGGCUUUAAUGUGCGGAUCCCUCUGCCAGGACCGCUGUUCGACUCCCUGCCCCGAGAGAUCCAGAGUGGCAUGCUGCUGCGGGUGCAGCCAGUCCUCUUCAAUGUGGGCAUCAAUGAGCAACAGACACUGGCUGAGAGGUUUGGAGACACAUCCUUACAAGAAGUCAUCAACAUAGAGAGCUUGGUGCGGUUGAAUUCCUACUUUGAGCAGUUUAAGGAGGUUUUGCCAGAGGACUGUCUACCUCGAUCUCGGAGUCAGACUUGCCUGCCAGAGCUGCUGCGGUUCCUAGGACAGAACGUCCAUGCACGCAAGAAUAAGAAUGUGGACAUCCUCUGGCAAGCUGCUGAGGUCUGCCGCCGCCUUAAUGGGGUUCGAUUCACCAGCUGCAAGAGUGCCAAGGACCGCACAGCCAUGUCGGUGACGCUGGAGCAGUGCCUGAUCCUGCAGCAUGAACACGGCAUGGCCCCGCAGGUCUUCACACAAGCCCUGGAGUGCAUGCGCAGCAUUGGAACACGGGAGGUAGUCACCCAGAAGAACUUGAGCGGCCUGGUGCCCAUCCGAGACUUAAGGCUAGACCCCAGCCUCCUUUGUUCCAUUCCUUUAUUAGCUCUGAGCCCCAAUUUACUGAUUGUGUGGCUCUUUCUGAGCAUAGCAUACCUGGUGACCAAAUUGCGUUGCAAGUAAAUAUCAUUAUGAAAAAUUAAAUUAGUCACAGGACAGACAAAAGUGCCCGAAUAUGUCCAGCCACCGUGUACCAAACUGGACAGAAGGAAUGUGUCCAAGCGAGGUCUGCCGAGAACUAUCUCAUGCCUUACAGUUUGAUGUUUUGUUCUUCUGAACUGUAAAUACCUGCUAAAUUCUUUCAUCGAGAGGACUCGUUCAUUUUGAUGGCGUAGCGUCUUCAGUGCUUGUAACAUGUUUUUCUGGUGCCCUGUGACUGCAUUCUUUAGCUGGCCUGGAAUUACUUGUACCAAAUAUCUUACCUUCUGAUGUGUAACUAUUUAUUCCAUGUACAUCUUGUGUGCCCUGUUCCAAGAGAAAGGGCUGCUGUCUGAAAAGAGUUUGUAUAUUUGAUACUAUUCCUUCAGUGUGUUGCUGACCUUCCUAGCCUUUUUAAAGAAAUCAACAAGAAAAAGAUGCUUUAUUCGUUUAUCUAGAUACCCCUGCUUGACAGGACUGGACUUCCUACUUUCCUUUCAAAGCGUAGUCCUGGGAUUGCAAUAGCAAGCAGAUUGUAGAGUCACACUCCCCUGCUCCCAGCUGUCUCCACGUGGUGACGACACAGCUGUGGAUCCAGGAGCACAUGCCACCAAGUCCAGCACACAAAGAUUACAUGUUGCAUGUGACUUCAGGGUUACUCUUAACACACAUAGUAGCAAGAGUUAUAUACUUUUUUUGAAAUAACUUUUUUUUUAAUUUAAAAAUUGUAAUGUUUUAUUCCAGAUGAAGUCUAGAUAUCUUUUUUCUUUUACUAAUACAAUAAGGUUAUAUAUAAUGAACAAAAAAUCAGAGAAAAAUGAUUUUUAAAAAUGAGGCUUAAGUUUUAGCAGUUGUGAGAGAGAGCGAGCUGUGAGAAGGGGAGAUGGCUGUGGGUGUUGCCAUGAUUGCUCUUCAUUUUAACAUGGCACUGCCCCUAAAAUAGGAUGACUACUCACCCGGACAUUCAUGUGGCAGAGAGUGAUUGUCCUCCAUAAAAGUAACCAAGUAGCCUAGGAAAGACUCCCCUUGCCUUGUGUAAGAAAUAAUGAAUGCCUUCCUCCUCCACCUCCCAGUUCAUAGUAGGUUGUAUUUCUGCUUUUGACCUCCAGUUCGAUGAAGGAGAUUUCUUUUCAUGAGUCUUGUAGGAAACCUGGAGUGACUUAGAGAAUCUGGAGUUUCGAGUAUCUUGACAUUCUCAUGCCCACAAACCCAUCCACCAGAGCUCUAGCCUCUCUAGUCUAUGAGAUUUCCUGACAGUACUUGGAGGACUGCCUCUGAUCUGGCUUCAUCUCGGAGAGUGACAUGGAGGAGCUGCAGAGCAGUUAGUAGCGAAUACCAGACGCCAGACCGAAUCUGUCAGUUGGGCUGAGGAAGGCUGUCCUUACCACACCUGAGGAGUUUUUGCAGAUCUGAGCACCACAGAUUCCCCCGGGCGGGCUCAGCUCAGUGUUCCCACAUAAACAGGUCUACUUGUCUCUCCUAGUAGAAACGUGGUGACAGCUCUGUGGCAUCUUUCAGUUUAGUGUUUCAGCCACUGCCCAUCUGACAUUAGUCACCAGACAGACUUGUCCAGUCAGCGAUUCUUUGAAAGGAAUAUUUGAUAGAUGCCCUUUCCCUUCAAAGCAUGUGCUUCAAGCCCAACAGACCAUUUUGUUUGCUUCAUUUGAACAGGGGAGAGAGAGUCCAUAGUCUCCUUCCAUCCCCAUCCCAUGGCCCCCAUUCCUUGCUCUCGGUUGGUACCCUCCAGGUAACAUGGAGGUGACUCAGGAAUGCAUCAUUUCCAGGGUUGUGCUGUGGCCAAGCAAAGACCAUAGACAGACGAGGGAAGUCUCUAGAAGUAACUGCAGAGACAGCACCCUCUGUCCCCUGUGGCCUAGGAUUUCACAGCUCUUUGCAGGGACUCUUCUCAGGACUAUUAUACAGCAAAGGGAAGCAGUGCUGGUUAGAGAAAUCUCCGUCCACACCUCAGGCAGGGAGAAUUCCUGUCGGGGACACUAUGGUCUGUUGUGGUGCUGAGCCCCCCCUCCUGGCCUAUACAGCCCUGGCUGUUGGGUCAGAAGGGCAAGCAAUGAGAUUCCUUGUCUGUCUCUUCCAGGGGUGAGUAGAAAGCCGUACCUGUGCCUCCAGGUACAAGAGGCUGGCUGGCUCUGGGAGUCCACCCCAGCAGGGGGGAUUGGGGAUUUGAAUCUGCUUUUUUCCUCUAACAUACUGGGGAGGUGGGGAGACCAACCUUCAGUCUGUUUAUCCUUUAUACUGGGUUUUAAUGUCAUUAAGGUCUUUUGCUCAUGAAACCAAGCCAAAUAUGUAUUCAAAAUCUUGUCUACAUCAAGAAAUGAGGAGAAACAGGAUAAGGAGAUGAUUCAAGCUAGGCACUGUCGGUGUUGGCUGAUGGCAUCGGGGCUGCUUCUGAGUAAUCCUGAGCUGUGGUGCGGUGCCUGGUCAGAGCUGCAUCCUCUGCAGCAGCAGCUUUUGAAGGAGAGAGCCAUGCUCAGGAGUUCUUGUUCUCCGAGCCAUGCUGACGCCACUGCCUUCUCCUGUACUCACUCAGAUGGAGAUACUGAAACAGGGACGUGGUCCUUCUACAGAGUCACUCAUGUUGCUGUGGCAUGGCCUAGACAUGGAGGCCUUCAGAUGAACGCUAAAGUGGAAGCCCCCCCCUCAAAAGAAGGAAAAGCAGAGGUCUUAGGAUUGUCCUUUAGAGUUUCCAUUCAAAUUUCCAAAGUUGAUGUCCUUGAAAUGAAGUAAUUCUUGAGAUAAUAAAUCAGGAAUUGUCCAAUAGCUAAAUCUCUCUCGUUAAAAUCUGCCUAAAGCCUUGCCAUGUACUAUUGCCUCCUAAUGACACUGGAACAGUGUGGUCAGUGAAAGUGUGCUGCUUCAGGCCAUCAUGCAGGACUCUGCCACAGGGCACCCUUUACCACCUCUGCAGACCUUGUCCCAAACCUUCAAGCCAGUUCACGGACACCUGCAGAUCAUGCCAAUAGUGUCAGCAUGCAGACAGGGCAUAUCAGCCUGGCUAGAAACAUGUAGAAGAAACAGUUUGAUUUAAAAGUCAAAUUAAAGGCACAAUUUGAAUUGCAAGCUCAUGUACAAUGUAUGCAGUCAGCUAAACCUAGUUUUAGUUCUUUUCACAGGUAAAUACAGAGACUGUCAGUUUUUAAGUUAUCAUUUGGCAUCUACUGGGUAGCUGGAGAAGCCAUAUGUGAAGUAGUCUGUCAGGCCAGGAGCUUCCAAAGACAUGGCAGGUUCACUGUGCACGGGAACUCAUAGCUUCUGCUUUACAUAGAGUUGUAUUUGUAUCUGAUUACUGAGUGUUCAGCAGAUGCUGUCGUUUGCUCUGGGUGGCCCAGGUUUUUAGCUCGGGUGACACAUCCAGCCUAUGGCUUGAGGCUCUGGAACAAGGACAUGCAGUGGCUGUAUCUGUCAACAGCAAGCAGGCGGAUGCUUCUCUAAACUGCCUGGUCUUAUCUCUUUUGAAUAAGCACUACUGUCCCACCAAAACCUCCUUGACAUGUUCUUAAUCAGGGGACUGUCAUUCUCAUUUUGAAAGGCUUUGGCUGCUAUUUUUUAAUGUAUGUCAUGUGAUCUUCAUAAAAUUUGAAAUACUUUUUUAAAAUCACUGUUUUCUUGGUAACUGCAAAUUUUACAUCUCAGAAGGGGGAUUUAUUACUGAACUUGACAACUACUUGAUUUCAUUGCUACUCUUUAAACAUUAUAAAAAUAGCAAGUUUUACUGUGUUGUGGAAAGGAAUUUAUAUUAAGAAUCAUUUUUGGCUAUUAAUUUUAAGCCACUCCAGAGCAUUGCCCAGAGAACUCCCUUGAGGUUCACUCUGAGGCCUCCCUGGCUCUUCAUCCUCUUGCUGGGUACCAUUUGUUUUU